AUGUUGCAACCCACAGUGCGGUCACAAUUGGCGAGAAUAAAUGCUGUUUGGAAUCUUGGAGGGAUAAGAUCAAUUAUGGAAGUUAAUUAUCAACCACCACUCAAAGCAACGUUAAAUCAAGUGACAAACGUGAUGAAUAAAAUGCAUCCAAAUGCAAAACACUGGUUCAUAGGAGGUGAACGUUGUCUCGCCGUUGGGGUUAAGUUGAUUCAAGAGAAUAAUAUAAUAGCCGUUCCAACAGAUACAAUUUAUGGCUUAGCAACGCUGGCUCAGAAUCCCGCAACAGUUGAAAAGCUGUACGAAUUGAAGGGUCGAAAUAAAAAUAAACCCUUGGCGAUUGCUGUCAGUAGCAUAAGAGAUAUUCCACGUUGGGCCGAGACUGAUCAUCUACCCCCAAAUUUAUUAAUGUCCAUUUUACCUGGACCAGUUACAGUUGUGCUAAAGCGAAAACCUGAAUUGAAUCCAGCCCUAAAUCCUGGUAGUGAUACAAUUGGCAUCAGAGUCAGUGACAGCAAAUUUCUCAGGAGUCUGUGCAAAAUUAUCGAUGAACCUUUAGCACUCACCAGCGCCAACUCCAGUGAUCAACCAAGCUCCUUAACUGCUGAUGAAUUCGAACACCUCUGGCCACAAUUAGGAGGAAUUUUUUACACAAUUAUUGACAAGAAUAAAUUAGAUGACUCAUACAGAGUUGGAUCGACUGUUGUUGACUUGACAGUCCCGAAUGAAUUUUAUAUUAUUCGUAGAGGAAUAUUUGUGGAUCGAGUGUUCAAAACAAUGUACAGACAUGGGUUACAGAGGCGAGACGCGUCUAAUGAAAAAAAGAGUACGAGUGUAAAUGAUACCAUAGAACAACAACAAUAAUUUGUCAUUCAAAAUAAAAUUGCAUUCAGAGUAAUAAA